GACCGAGGCGCUUGACCAGGAGCGUGCAGGCAGUUCUUUAGAGUCUCAGACCUCCUCUUUCUGUAUUUACACCUGGGCUCCAUCGACAGUGUGUUUCGGACUAAAAACCGUCUCUUUGGACCUUUGAACGGACUGGGCUCUGACGCGACUGCUAUGGGGUACUAUAUUUCACAAUCAGCUCUCAAAAACUUGAAAAAAUAUGCAUAUAAAGGUGUAGACAAAUCGUUGGUUUCGCGCUAUGUAUUGAGCCCAUACUGGAACUGGUUCAUCAAGCUCUGGCCUCUCACGGUGGCUCCCAAUACGAUAACGCUACUUGGACUUUUGAUCGUUGUGUUCAACCUUGGUACGCUACUCUACUAUGACCCCUUGUAUUAUACGGAGAAAGAUGGAGCGACGGGUCCACCGAGGUGGAUAUAUUUUACCUGGGCUGUUGGUUUGUUUUUGUAUCAGAGUUUUGAUGCCGUCGAUGGGAAACAAGCCCGACGCACAGGGAUGGCUGGCCCUCUGGGAGAGAUGUUUGAUCAUGGAUGCGAUGCGAUAAAUACUACAUUGGAAGUCGUCUUGGCGGCGCGCGCUCUUAACUUGGGUCGCUCUUGGUGGACUGUGGCAUCGCAAUGCGCUACUCUCGCGAACUUCUAUCUAACCACUUGGGAAGAGUACUACACAGGGCAACUUUACCUAGGAGUGUUUUCUGGACCGGUCGAAGGUAUCCUCAUGAUCGUGGCUAUCUAUGUGAUAACUGGACUUUUUGGCACUUCUUUCUGGGACCAGAGGAUACUCACGUUCACUAGACUUGAUCGGAUCCCUCGGAUAGCUAGUUCUAUUCCCAACCUCCCCCUCAACGAGUCCUUUAUGGUGUUCGGGGCUUUUGGUCUAGCAUUCAAUAUACUUUCCAGUUAUCGCAAUGUACACAAGGCGAGAAAACUAGCUGGAAAAUCAGCUUUGAAGCCAUUAUUAUAUCUGUUGCCCUACGUGGUAUCGGUCGUCAUCCAGAUAUCAUGGCUACUCAGCCCUUCGUACCACGAAUCUGCGAUUAUCAAAUCUCCCCUCUUCUUGCCUUUCGUCUUUGCAUGGGGCCUUCAGUUCGCACACCAAGUUGGUAGGAUGAUUUUGGCGCAUGUCACGAGCACGCGUUUUCCUUGGUGGCAUACGAUGUGGAUUUGGAGUAUUGUUGGCGCUGUGGAUGCUAACUUGCCACACAUUCUCCAUAGACCCCCCUUGAUACAGUCCUCACCAAAGAGGACUGCGAUCUUUGUCUAUCUGACUCUAGCUGUUUCGUUUUUGACCUACGCUCGGUUCUGCGCCUUCGUCAUCAAAGACAUCACCGAGUAUCUAGGAAUUGCUUGUUUUACCGUUCGGAAGAAGGAUGCUGGAGGUGUAUGGCGUGACACUAGCGAUAUUCAUGACAUCGACGUCAAGAGAAUAUGAUAUGACGACCCGGACUUGGACCUAGUACAGGAGAAGUGACUCGUAAAAUUGAUACCUAGUGGAAAAUCUUGUUACAUUGCUUUGGAUACAUGUCUAGUCUAUGUUUUAGAUGUAUAUAUCAUCAGUAAUAUUAAUGUUAUGCUCCUGUCCACA